CCCCGCCGGUCACGUGGUGCGCGCGCCCCGCCGGCACCGGCCCGAGAGCGGGACCGGGCUGGGCAGAGGGAGGGAGGGAGCAGAAGCGGGAACUGAACGGGAACGGAACACAGCACAGCUCGUCCGGCCGCCGCCGGCCCCCGCCGCCACCCCACCAUGAUCAAAGCCAUCCUCAUCUUCAACAACCACGGCAAGCCGCGGCUCUCCAAGUUCUACCAGCGCUAUAGUGAAGAUACACAGCAGCAAAUUAUCAGAGAAACUUUCCAUUUAGUAUCAAAACGUGAUGAAAAUGUCUGUAAUUUCCUAGAAGGAGGACUAUUAAUAGGUGGAUCCGAUAACAAACUAAUUUACCGACACUAUGCCACCUUGUAUUUUGUCUUCUGUGUGGAUUCCUCUGAAAGUGAGCUUGGUAUUUUAGACCUCAUACAAGUAUUUGUGGAAACACUAGACAAAUGUUUUGAAAAUGUCUGUGAGCUGGAUUUAAUCUUCCAUGUAGACAAGGUCCAUAAUAUAUUGGCUGAAAUGGUUAUGGGUGGAAUGGUUUUGGAGACCAAUAUGAAUGAAAUUGUCACUCAGAUUGAUGCUCAAAAUAAACUGGAGAAAUCUGAGACCUUUAUCUUUCAGUCUCCCAGACAGGACAGGUAGACAAAGGUAUUGCUGACUUUUAGAAAAAAAUGUACUUUUAACAAAAAGGGAAAGCAAAAUGAUGUCAAAGGCAAUAAAUUACGUAGGCCAGACUCAAAAAUUAUGUGUAAAAAUACCCAUACUAGUCCUUGUAGCCUACUUUUUGUGCUAGUUUCUUGUAGUUCCCUCAUCUUUUUAUUGGCUAUAGUGUAUUUUACUAGCUUUUCAUUGACAUCAUAUUUUUUAUUUUAUUUCUCUUCCUGCAUUUUAGAAUUUAACUUUUCUUUGUAUCAUUGUUAAGAAACAAAAGAAUAUGAACUUGUGUGAAUAUUAGCCAAAAAUCCUGCUUAAUUAAUGUCAAUAAAAAAGGAACACGCAGAUAACAAAGUAAGAUAUGAUGACAUAAUACAAAUAACUCCUUUGAUGGGAGAAUUUUGUCCCUGAUAAUCUAAAAUAAAUAAUACAAACUCUCUUACUUCACCAUUUACUAUUUCCAGAUUAAAAACAAAGAACUUUUACCUGCUUGCAAAGAGAAGUUUCAGAAAAAGCUUCAGGUGAAUGAAGCGUUAAAAAUCCCACCACCAAAACCAGCAAACUGAAAUCGUUCUGUAUAGACAGAAUAAAAUUAUCAGUCCCAUUUGUAAAGAUGAUGUAGAAUUUCCAAAGUUGAUGAUCCAGCCUUAAGGAUGUUGAACAUCAAAUGAGAAGGGCUGUCAGCAUGUACUCAGCUUGAGAUGUACAUUUGCUGUCAUUAUAAUCUGAAUGUCCAGAUUUUGAUCUAAGAUAUCUCAGCAACUGCAGUCCCUGAACAUGAAUGUUAGCAAUGAACAGAAGAAGGAGAAGGAGACUGUAUGUUUGAAGUUCAGUUUAUGGUCAGUGUCACCUGCCAUUUGUUGUUUGAAACGUUUAGUUUUACUCAACAGUUUGAAUGUCGGUCAGUGUUAAUGGCAGUACUUGAAAAUUAAUUUCCACUUGUUUUAAGUCUCUGUGUAUUCAAACUGCAGGUGUUUUAAACAGGUGGAAUCUUAAGCAAUUGAAACUUAUUUAAUUUAUUAAUAGCUUUGCGCUUUACUUUUUAUGUGAUCUUCCUAGGAUAGUGUAUUACAAUACCAUUAAGAUUUAACAAAUAUAACUCCUCAAUUGGAUUUAGUAGCACUGAGUUGUAAAAGCAUUAGCUAAAAGUAGUUCUUGGUAACGUGCAACAUUUUAACCUAAAUUUGAAGUAUGCUACAGCACAUGAAGAAAAUCAAGGACAUGACCUUCCUCUGCCUAAUAUGUUAACCAGCACUUGUAACAUACAGUCUGUAUUUUAUUGGUAACACUAGGGAGCUUGAUCUCAGAUUUUUGGUUUGGUUUCUUUUUUGUUUUUGUUUUUCUUUUUGUGCAAAGCUACUUUUCUUUUUCUGUGUUCUGCUCACACAUAUUCUGUUUUUAUUUUUGGGUCUGGCAAUGAAAAACAAAGAAAGAAAUAAUUAAUCAUUCCCAUCCAUUACUCUUUUUGUGAUUCAAGUGCUUAAAAUUUCUAAGAGUAUGUCUUAAGUCUUCUUAUCUGUUUGGCCUCAUUUUGAUAUACUUGCAGACUUCAUUUUGGUUUUUCUCUAAUUACGUUCAUUUAUUUAACCUCAUGAGCAGGGGACAUGAUCAUUCCUUUAUAUUAUGUAUCGCAUCCUUUCAUGAUUUCAUAACGCUGCUGCUUUGAAGUCAUACUUGUUCUGAAAAGAAGCAUUGCUAUGAAACACCAGCAGCAGAGAGGUCCUAGUACCUCUGAAGUAUCUGGAAAAGGGUGGCUUAUUUUGCAGUGUUAGCCUUCAUUAUUUUGUUUUCCAGUAGGCUGUGUUUUUUUAUAUAUUUAUUUUAGUGCUAGCUAGCUCUGUGUAGAGUUAUUUGGGAUGAUAGCUGUAACAUUUUUAUUUGUAUAUGCAUAUUAACAAUGUUUGUGAUGUGCAGUGCUUUACCCAGAUUAUCUGAAUUUCUUUUUAAAGAGUAAAACAGGGUUGCUGGGAUCACUUUGAUAAUGAAGUUACCAGCUGGGCAUUCUAAGAAAGGAUGAUGAUGAGAACAAAGAAAAUUUAUUCCUUUAGUGGUUAAUAAUGACCUAAGUAAAUUAAUGACAGCUUGUGUUUCUCACUAGAUAGAUUAGGACCAGUAGAGUAAAAAUCCUGUUAUUAAAUGCAUCUAUUUCAAUCUAUGCAACAGUGUCUUCUUUUGCAUAUAUGGUAUUGCUCUCUGAAAGUAUAUGAACAUGUUUACUAGCAUUUUUUGCAAUAAUGGAACCUAAAAUUUAAUACACACAUCCUUCAACAACAAAUGAAAUGGAGAGUACGAAGGAGCUGCGGCAAAACUGUGUUGUAUUGGCUUAUUGUUAUACCAGCUUUAUGCAAUUCAUAUUGUCUUUCUGAAAUUGCAUUAAUUGUCUUAAGAAGCUUCACUUUCAUUUGCUUCAGUCAUUUGCUUGCUGUGACAGACGAUUCAUCAGUCUCGCUGCAUGUUUAAAGCUUGCUACAUGUUUUGCUUUUUUCAAGUGGAACAGUUUUUUCUUUGCACAUCACCAAUUUACCUGCUGAAUUACAUGAUAAAAAAGGCAGGUGGAACUUGUUCAGUUCAGUCUUACAGUGGAAGCUGUAUUAAUCAGGUGUCUCUAGAAAAUGCCUCAAAAGCACACGGGGCUGAAAGUACUUACUUGUUGUACCUUUGUGUUUGUAAAUACAGUCCACUUCCAGUAAAAGAAAUGGAAGGACUGCUACUAGUUCACUGCCUGACAUGCUAAAAAGGAGUUUUAAGGAGUUAAAAUAUAAUAGCAUUUGAAUUGUAUUUGUUAUCCAGUUUGGGAGUUCAAGUACUUUUCAGUCAUUUGAUCCAUUAGACAUUUUUAUGAGCUGUUUGCUCUCUUUUAGAAAUGCUGUGUAAAUUUGUUGUGCUUGAUAAAGUGGACAUUAAUUGUGCUAAAUAACUUUCUGCCAUGCAUUUUAUAUAUACACUAUCCUUCAAACUCACUUAAUACAAAGAAUUCCAGAAGAAGAGAAUGUAAUAGCUUGAAAAUCUCUACUCCAGCAUCUGAUAGUGAAAGAUAAUCUCGCUGUCAAAAAAAGGGUUAAUCUGACAAUCAGAGCAGCUUUGCCAGGGAUCUUCACUGAUCUUGAUCCAGAAUGGUCCUCAUGAAAUGUGACUGCUGGAAGUUGUGACUGUGUAGGGGGGUGGAAGGGCAGUGGUUGUGUCAAUUGUGGUAUUUUUAAUAAUUCUCAAUUGUGUCUCCAUUGUAUCCUAUGCCAUUGGGGCGGGAGGCAGGGACUGUAAGUCUGUAUAAAGAGGAUAGUAGCAGGUAGGUAAAAAUAAUAACCAGUUAUACUAAAAAUGUUAUUUGUCCAUUAAGAAUAAAUAACUUCCAUUGAAUUAGGGUAAAGAAUCUCCAUCCAAGUCACCCAGAAGGCACCUCUCCUUUGAAUUGCCAGCCAUGUGCUACCAUGUCACUACUUACUAUAUUUUUCUGGUUUCCCAUUGUUUCAGUUGUAGAUUAUAUAAUUCAUUGCUUUUAAUUAAUAUUUUCAUCUUCUCAAUGGAAAACAGUUUACAUUGCCCCAUUUUUCUUAAUGAAUUUUUCUUCCAUUACUGCAAAUAGAAUUUAAAGGAUUAAAAGCAUUUACUGUUUUAUCCAAUAAGACUUCACUGAAAGUUACCUCUUGAUUUAAAAUUAGUAUUUCCAAGUUCUCAGUUAUAACAGGAUGGUGUUGGGCAUCUUCAUGCCUUCUGCACUGUUUUUUAGUAAAUAGAAAGAAAUUGCAGUGUUAAUAGUGCUCCUUUAACUUAUUGCAGAUUCAGGGGUAUUCAGAUUUUAGCUACUUCCAUUUCUUAAUACUGCUAGUGUUAGGUCCAGGUUUUCCCCUUUAAGAAAAUACUGCUAUUGAAAGAGCCUCUGGAGUGAAUGACCUGAUAGAUUUGGUGAUGUUAAGGAAAAUGAAGGAAAAAGAGGGUUUCAAAAUACUUUUUUGCACCUUUUGAGUUUUACUUAGUCUGUACUUCUGAUAACAGAUAAUUUGGGUUAUGUUAGGGCCAAAGUGAGAGCAAAUUUGCUACCAUCAGAGAUGCAGUUUUCUGAGCUAUCUUCUC